AUGACUCCAUCUGCUCACCUUCACUUGUCAAUUUUGUUGUUUGCUUUUCUCAAAUUCACAGCUAACGUGGUCGCAAUUGUAACACUAUCACGUGGACGGUGUGGACUCUCCAAAGGUGUCACCUGGUAUCUUGUGGCAAUGGCAGUAGCAGAUCUACUUGUCGUUGUAAUUCAAGUAAUUCUCGUCAACAUAAUUAACAUAUAUAUCCCUCCUGAGUGCAAGAUAGUAAAUACCGUGGGUUACAUGUCCGUGGCUUGCUCCGUCUGGCUCACUGUUGUCUUCACCUUCGACCGUACGGUGGCCAUUUGCUUCCAGAAGCUGAAGACGAGAUACUGCACUAAGAAAGGUGCAGCCGUCGUUAUUGCAGCAGUGAGUGUGCUGAGUGUGUUAACCAACAUCCCCUGGUACUUCACGUACCGGUCACGUUUCUGUAUGAGAUCAUUAGAUUUCAUAACUUUGCCGGUGUGGGCAGCCUUUGACUGGGGGCACCGCAUUUUAACCCCACUCGUCCCCUUUGUGCUGAUCCUGCUGCUCAAUGCUGUCACUAUCAGGCAUAUCCUGAUGGCCAGUGCAGUCCGCAGGAAACUGCGGGGGCAGCACAGAGGUGAAGGGAAGGAUGACACAGAGAUGAAGAAUCGAAGAAAAUCCAUAAUUCUGCUCUUCACCAUAUCGGCCAGUUUUAUCCUGUUAUGGACGACACGGGUGGUCAUUCUGUCAAUUCAGCGAAUUACUGGUCAGUAUAUGGCACAGUUUGUGACCAAUGUUGUGAUAGACCACCUAGGAACAAUGCUUCAGUUAUUCAGCUCCUGCACCAACACGUUUAUUUAUGCGGUCACUCAGAGGAAGUUCCGGGAGGAGGUGAUAAAUGCCGUGAAAUGUCCCUUUAAGGCCAUCCUGAAGUUCAUUAAAAGUUAG